AUGACACUCCUCGCCCAGCUCUCGCUGGCCGUCGUCCUGCUGGCCUUUCUUUUUCCUCCCUUGCAACAGGAUUCUCCUCCCCAAGCGAGCAUGCAACACCUUCUUCAACGCCUAUCCCAAUGCGACUUUCUUUCCUCCGGAGCCGGGCUGUCCUUCGCCGUCAGCACGCUCGUCCGGCUCGAUACGCUCUUCGCCGUCGUCGGAGGCGGGCACAUGCCCAUUCCCGGAGCCAACAACAUCAAUGGCUCCGGCGUGCUGAUCGCCUGCAAGCGGCUGAACCAGUUGCGUAUCUCGCCUGACCUUGGCACCGUCCACGUCGGCCCUGGCAAUCGCUGGGUCGACGUUUACCGCUAUCUCGCGCCGUAUAACCGCUCCGCUGUCGGUGGGCGUGUUGGGCAUGUCGGCGUGCCGGGAUACCUGCUCGGCGGGGGAGUGUCGUUUUUUGGGAAUGAGUAUGGCUGGGCGUCGGCGAAUGUCGCCAGUUUUACUGUAUCAUCCCCUGCCGUCCUGGCAAAUGGGUCCAUUGUCACAGCCACCCCGACAAACGAAUAUUCAGAUCUCUUCUGGGCGCUGCGAGGCGGCGGUAAUUCCUUCGCGCUGGUCACCGACUUUGGGCUCAGGACGGUGCCCUCAGGAAAAGUCUACGUGGGAACGACCACUUUCGACGCCAGCGUCUCUGGCACGCAGUUCCUGGACAAGGUAUACGAGUACGGUCUGCGAGCGGCCGACGACCCCAAGGCAGCUGUCAUCCCUCUCGUGGAGUUCUCGUCAGGCAGUACUACGCCGUCUUACAGCGCGUAUCUGUUCUACAACGGCGAGAAUGCCGCGCCAGAACCGCUGGAGCCGUUCCUCUCCCUGCCGCAGACGAGCAGAACCUUCAGCUACCGCACCAUGUACGACUGGUCGCUGGAGACAGACACCGAGCUGUUGCUGCUGACGGGGUUCCGCCAGCGCUUCUGGGUGCUGCCGGUCGGACUCAACCGGACAGCGCUGCAGAUCAUCCACGACACGUAUAUCGACUCUGUGAGGCAGUUCAGCAGCAGCGGGAUCUACCUCACCGCACUGGCAGUGAUGCCCGUGCCUCGGACCUUCUUCACGGCCAGCCAGAAAGCUCCUGGAGGUGGUGACCCCAAGGCGUCAACCCCUCACAAGAGCCCUACAUCUGGAUCGAAGAAAGCUUCAGCUACACGGGGACACUAA